AGCUAGGUACCGAAAUGAUGGAGCUGAGAGACGUACUUAACUCGCUUUAAAAUGCGUUGAUGCAAAUAUAUCGAUAGUUGUCUGUAACAUGUCUCCUUAUUAAAGAGUAACUAGUGAUAAAGCUCCUAGGUUGGCUAUAUAAUUAUAUAUAGUAUGUAUUUAAUUGUCUAGAAAUCGGCAUGAUAUUAUAAUUAUAAUUAUUUAUGUGUUCAACGAGUAUUGUGCAGAGAGAACUUCCUCGCAGUUUUAUUCGCCUGUCUGUGCGUAGUUUAUUUUCAGUCAUUUUGUAAGCGUCAGGUAGUUUAGGUGUGCUGCCAGGUGAACUGAGCUGAGGUGCUGCACUGACUGACUGAGAGACUAGACUCCAUCAUCAUCAUCAUCAUCAUCAAUGUCCUUCAAUGGAGACUGAAGACGAGCCCCUCUUUGCUGAGCACAAGCUGCUGUCUCUGGGGCCCACUGAGCCCUGGUCGGUGAGGGAGAAGCUCUGCUUGGCCUCCUCUGUCAUGAAGAGCGGAGAUCAGAACUGGGUUUCAGUGAGUAGAGCCAUCAAACCUUUUGCAGAGCCAGGAAGACCUCCAGACUGGUUCUCUCAGAAGCACUGUGCCUCCCAGUAUUCCGAGCUCCUUGAGACAACUGAAACUCCAAAGCGCAAGCGGGGAGAGAAGGGGGAAGUGGUGGAGACUGUGGAGGACGUGAUCGUGCGCAAGCUCACAGCAGAGAGGAUUGAGGAACUGAAGAGGCUCAUCAAAGACACGCAAGAAAAGCACAGGAAGCUGAAGAGGGAGUCAGAGCUGAUACAGGCUGGACACUUGGACUCCAAACUGGAGGAGCUCUGGGGCAGCAUUGUGCAGAAGAAGAAGCAGGAGGAAGAAGAGGCAGAGUUAAAGAGGAAGACCACAGAUGCAGCGUAUCAAGCUCGCCUGGCGGUGAAGAACACUCCAAAGCGAGCCCCCAGCGUGACGGUUCGCUCCCCACUGGGUGCCAGCUCACCAAGCCUGGACUUCUCACUGAUCGAAACUACCCAGCCGAUCCCAGAGGAUCCCAGCACCACAGCCACCGCUCCAGGAGCCCCUGUCUUUAUGCCUUUGCCUGAGACGCCUGGGCCUGGGUCUUCAGAGGCUGGCCUGGGCUCUCUCCUGGAUGACUCCCCACAGAAGAAGAUCCUGGGCCAGAAAGCAACACCUCCGCCCUCCCCACUGCUGUCAGAGCUGCUGAAGAAGGGCAGCCUGCUUCCCACCAGCCCCCGCCUGGUUGGCGAGGGAGACGUUACUGCAGGUCACAUGACAGGGCCUCACGGGACAGAGCUCCAGGUCUCGGUCCCCACCAUUCCUGCUUCCCAGGCAGCAACAGGUGCUCCUACGCUGUCUCGUCUGCUGGAGGCCGGUCCCACCCAAUUCCCCUCCCCCCUGGGCUCGCUGGCUACCACAGAGACCCCAGCUGCUGUUGUACCCCCCACGCUGGACACUUCUGCCUCGCUCAGCACAGGGGCAGACAUGGCCGAGAGCACCGUCCCCAGAGCGUGUACCCUGCCGGGUGAUGGGAAGGCAGGGGAGCUGGCUGACGAGGAUCUGGUGACUGUGUCCUACAUGGGGGAUGAGCUUGACCUGGAGACUGUGGGAGACAUUAUUGCCAUCAUUGAGGAAAAGGUUGAUGAUAAUGCAGAGGCCUUGGAUGCAGCUGCAGUGGAGGCUGCACUAUCUCUCUGCGAAGAGGUGGCAGAUGGCCACACCCUGCCAAACCCCUGGGAGCCAGGACCAUUUAAGCCACCAGAUCCAAAUCCCGUAGCAUCUACAGUCUCCGCUUGCCCUGCUGUUGACCCCAGCCUGGAGCUGAAGAAGGAGCUGCUGGAGGAUAAAGUGAUAGUGGGCAGCCCUGCUUCCUUCACUUUGGCCUCUGGCCCACAGGGUAGCAACAUCCCUCAUCCUCACCUAUCCCCCGUUCCUCCCUCCUGCACCGCGAUCAACCUCGAGUCAGACCCACCAAGUGGGGCUGGGGGAGUGGAAGGUCUGAGGGACGGAAGCCCCACCUCUCCUAACACCAUCAUAAAAUUUGAGAACGAAGAGUGGACGCAACCAGGAGGCGAAACGCCUGGGGCUGACUCUCUAACAGAGGACAACUCAGCUUCAGGGAAGCAUCCCAAGGACAUCAAGGAGGAAGAUCCUGGGAGCGACGGGGAGGAGGGCAGCAUAUCGGAACUGAAGGAGUGCGGGGAGGGGGAUGUGGGUGAGGAGUGCACAGCUGAUGGCGAGGGGCCGGAGGCCUACCUGUCAGAAGCAGAGCUGGAGCCGGCUGCCAGCGAGAGUGAGGAUGGGUACAGCCUGCACACAGCCUCCUCGCUGCAACUGCAUAAUACGGCCGACUCCAUUCCCAGCAGCCCUGCUUCAUCGCAGUUCUCAAUGUGCAGCGAGGACCAAGAGGCCAUUCAGGCACAGAAGAUCUGGAAGAAAGCGAUCAUGCUGGUGUGGCGAGCGGCAGCCAACCACAGGUAUGCCAACGUGUUCCUGCAGCCAGUGACAGAUGACAUUGCACCUGGAUACCACAGUAUUGUACACAGGCCUAUGGAUUUGUCGACAAUCAAAAAGAAUAUAGAGACGGGCCUCAUCCGCACCACGGCGGAGUUCCAGCGCGACAUCAUGCUGAUGUUCCAGAAUGCAGUGAUGUACAACAGUUCAGACCAUGAUGUCUACCACAUGGCCCUGGAGAUGCAGCGCGAUGUCCUGGAGCAGAUCCAACAGUUUUUGGCCACACAGCUCAUCAUGCAGACCUCAGAGUCUGGCAUCAGUGCCAAGAGUUUGCGUGGCCGAGACUCCACACGCAAACAAGACUCUUCCGACAAGGACAGUGUCCCCAUGGCCUCUCCUGCCUUCCUCCUUUCUCUCUUUGUAAGUAUCCAGUGUGCAGCUCACAGCGUACACGGUACAUACACACUGCCUCUGUCCCUUUCUUUCAGUCUCUCUCCCUGUCUCACACACGUGUAUUCAGUUCAGUGCCAGUACAGGUUUUCAGAGAUGGAAACAUUUCCAAUUUGUUUUAGCUGCAUUUUCUCCACCAGACUGUCAGGUGGCACUAAACUGCACAGAAAUAGAACCUGACUUGAGAUACUCUUGAUUCAGCUCUUUUCCACAGUUUUUAUACCUUUUGUCUCGUGUUUGAUUGUUGUUGAUCAGUAACAAGAUGGCUAAUACAACACAUUUAUUGGAUGAAUUGGUGAAAAAGAGCAUUGAA